CCUCCGCCCAACACGAGGGGGCGGGGCCAAGAGGAGGGCGCUCUGCUUGUGCGUCACUUCCGGUAAGUCUAUCGGCGACAACGGCAACAUGGCUCUGAACGGCGCUGAAGUCGACGAUUUCUCCUGGGAGCCCCCGACUGAAGCGGAGACGAAGGUGCUGCAAGCGCGGCGGGAGCGGCAGGAUCGCAUCUCCCGGCUCAUGGGCGACUACCUGCUGCGUGGUUACCGCAUGCUGGGCGAGACGUGCGCGGACUGCGGGACGAUCCUCCUCCAAGACAAACAGCGGAAAAUCUACUGCGUGGCUUGUCAGGAGCUCGAUUCAGACGUGGAUAAAGAUAAUCCGGCUCUGAAUGCCCAGGCUGCCCUCUCCCAAGCUCGGGAGCACCAGCUCGCCUCUGCUUCGGAGCCCCCGUUAGGCUCUCGGCCAGCCCCUCAGCCCCCAGUCCCCCGUCCAGAGCACUGUGAGGGAGCUGCAGCAGGGCUCAAGGCAGUCCAGGGGCCGCCCCCUCCUGCUGUGCCUCCAAAUGCUGAAGUUGUGGCCUGCACACGGGAGGCUCUCCUGCAGAAGCUGGCCUGGGCCUCAGCUGAGCUGGGCUCUAGCACCUCCCUGGAGACGAGCAUCCAGCUGUGUAGCCUUAUCCGGGCUUGUGCUGAAGCCCUGCGCAGCCUGCAGCAGCUGCAACCCUAAAAGACCCCUCCUGAGAAGAAUCCUCUAGAAAAACAGCUAUUCCUCUUGUGUGGUUUGUUCUUUUCUUGGUUCUAAGUGUGCAUGCAAGCCCCAGCUCCAGUCGUCUUUUUCCUACCUUUGGCCUCUCGUGCUGUCACAGUCUGUUCUCCUUGAUGCCCUGAGAGAUGAGUUGGGCUUGUUUCUGCUCAGUUUCCCAACUAUAGAGAUGAUGGAGGAGGCAGAGAACGGUGUGAUACUUUUUUUCUGAGGAGGAGGCCACAACCUCCUUAAAAGCGGAAACUAGGUGUGGCCCUCCACAGCACCCCUGCAGCCUCCUCAGCCAUCCAGGGCUCAUUCUCCACCCUCAAGUGAGAUCUGGGGUUCCAGUCCCCUUGGCAGCUUCUCCUUCUUUCCCCGAGCAUCCUGCAUCCCAAUACCAUCAUCCUAUCCCACGUCAGGCCCAGACUAGGGUAUCAGGUUGCACGUGAGGGACAAAGUAUGGACUCAACCCCAGUCUCCUCAUCCUUGUUACCCCCUUUUAGAAAAAUCCUUUUCCUUAACAGUUAUAACUGGGCAGAGUGUUGGGGGUGGGUGUCAGAAAGAACCGCCAAGAAACCGCACCCUCUGCUUUUGGCUUCCUCCCUCCGCUUUUUCACCCUGCUCCUCCUGCUGCGACUUGGGGCAACUUGGGCCCACAAACCGUUGCCCUUUUAAGAGAGGCCCCGCCUGCACGGGGGCGGGGCGGGGGCGGAGCCGGAGGAGUCCGGGCUGGAACAAAGCAAGGCCUGCGGGCGGCGGCUGGGCUCGGCUGGCGGGGCCGCGGGUGCGGGGGCCUGCGGGCGGCGGCCCGGGCGGAGCGUUGGAGGGAAGGAGGCGGUGUCAUCCUUUGUAUCGGCCCGGCCAUGAAUGGGUUGCCCUCGGCCGAGGCGCAGGGCGGCACGGGCUGCACCCUGGCGGGUCUCCCGCCGCUACCGCGCGGCCUCAGCGGUCUUCUCAACGCGAGCGGGGGCUCGUGGCGGGAGCUGGAACGCGUCUACAGCCAGCGCAGCCGCAUCCACGAUGAGCUGAGCCGCGCCGCCCGCGUCCCGGACGGGCCCCGCUAUGCUGCCGGCGCCGCCAACGCGGGAAGUGCCGCUGGUCCCCCCGGCCCGCGUCGUCCUGUCAACCUCGACUCGGCGCUAGCGGCGUUGCGCAAAGAGAUGUCUUUUGCAGGUGGGCCUGCGGCAGCUGGACAUGUCCCUGUUAUGCCAGCUGUGGGGCCUGUACGAGUCAAUCCAGGACUACAAGCACCUGUGCCAAGACUUGAGCCUGUGCCAGGACCUGUCAUCCUCUCUGCACUCAGACAGUUCCUACCCACCUGAUGCUGGCCUAUCUGAUGAUGACGAGCCUCCUGAUGCCAGCCUGCCCCCGGACCCGCCACCCCUCACUGUGCCCCAGACGCACAAUGCCCGAGACCAGUGGCUGCAGGAUGCCUUCCACAUCAGCCUCUGAAGAGCUAAGGGUGUGGGGGGGCAGGCACCCAGGCAAAAGGCUCAGAAAUUCAUCCCUCAGCAAGUACUCAGACUCUAGUGCCUGCUUUCCCCCAUACCACCUCACCUCACAGGAGGGCAAGGCCUGGGCCCCUCAGAGCUAAAACUGCCUACCCUCUCCUGUCUUGAGUUAGCUGGCACUGGGGCAGGUACCUGGGCUACAGCCUCUGCCCAUGGCACUGGACCUCCUCUUCUCCCACCUGCGUGCACUUCAGCUUGGCCAACCUUCAGUUUGGCUGUGGGUCCAAAACAUCGGGCACUCUCCUUGACAUCUCUGGGAUUGGGAUGAGUGCCUGGCUCCUAUCUCUUAAUCUUUUGCUGCCCUUGGCAGCUGCUGGCUCAGGGGCAUCCCUCCUCUGGUCCCUGGGUUCCACUGCCUUAGACAAGGGCUCCAGGACCCAUUCCUGCACCCACCCAUGGCCAGGAGGGCCAAAGCUCCGUGCUAGAUAUUUAAGUUUAGGGGCCAUCCUCCUGGGCGCCUAGAUAAAUAAAUACUCUCUCGGCA